CAAAUCAGAUGAUAGAAAACAAACUCAUCAAGAUCAUAGCUUUGCUUAUUAUUGUCUUCUUCUCUCAGUCCGUAGCCGGCGGAGGAGAGGCCGAGGGAAUGGAAGCCGUGAGGAAAAGGCGUCACCCCAUUGUAGAGACGGCCAUGGCAUUGUUCUCUCUGCCUACCACCUUUCCAGAUACCUCAGCCUACUGGACCAAACUGGAUUCCUUAAUCCAACAAGGCCGCGCAUUCUUCUUCUCAUCCCCUCCCAAUCUCGAUUUCCGGCACGGAACUGAGGACGCGCCCAAAGCUAUGGAAGAAGGGACAGGGGAGAAGGUAAAAGACGCGGUGGUGAAAAGCGUGGACAAGAGCAAAGCAACCAUUGAAGAUUCUGCGAAAUCUGCGGCGAAGUUGGCCGGAGAGACGGUGGGCAAGGCCACCCAGAAGUUGAAGGAGACACUGUCAACCGAAUAUCAAGAUCCUCUUGCAAAACCUGAUGAGCUCUGAUACGUACACGCAAACUCCAAAUAUAUAGAGGGUAGCAGCUAGCUUAACUUGUUAGUUGUUUCAGGCAAAACUUAUAAUUCACCACGGUUCACAUAAGAGUGUUAAAUAAAUUAAUAAAUUUAUGUUUCUGCA